UUAUUCCUGCCUGCUCUCCCUCACAGCACUUCUACUCCGCUGAGCUCCUGUGAAAAUUGUGUGUGUGUGUGUGAGUGUGUGAGUGUGUGAACUCCUCGCGUGUGUGUUAAGAAGAGUUUCAUGUGUGUGCAUAGGGAUUGUGUGUUUUUCUAAGUGGAGCAGGAGUGCAGCCGUUCAUCAGUAGAGCUGACUGCAGACAGGGGAAUACUCAGAUCUCACUGCGCUGCUUUUUAACUCACACACCGGCUGCUUUUUGGACUUUCUUUCAAGACUCACUGGACUUUUUGCCCCAAAGUGGGACUUUGCUGUUGCUCUCCUUCUGCUAUCCAGGCACCAUUCCUGUCACUGGAAUUACUGAUUUUUUUUUCCUCCCAUUGCUUUACCUGCAGCACUUUUUAUACAUCCUCCACAUUUCUGGACUCUCAAAUUUUAAGACUCACCACCACUUUUCUGUGCAUCCUCGUUGAAUUCAGACAUGCUCAACCCUCCGAAUGGGUGCUUUGCAAGCCCAUAACAAGCCUGAGUGAGGUGUGUGCAUACAGCACUCUCUAAACUGUGAGUAUAUAAUCAAGAUGGUUUGUCUCAUAUGGGUAUAUUAGUUUUCUUUCUUAUUGGAAUGGAAAGACUUUGAGAGGUUAAAUGGGAACAAGCUGUACAGUAACUAUGGAAACGGUCAGUGCUCUCAGAGGCAUAUUGGGCUCAGGUGGACGCUGAUCCCAACUUGGAAUGUUCUGAACUCUUCUGGAAUUUGGUUCCCCUGGAAACGGAUGGAAGGGCUUCAUGUGUGACCGUUUUUAUCCCAUCUUGGAUGUGAGAGGUGAACUUGCUUGACCUUCAUGAGAGUAGCUGUGAAUCGGCCAACAGAGACUCUUCAGAACCAAGGAGGGUGUUAUAAAGAUUACACCAUAUAUCAAGAACUGGAAAGGAAGUCUGUAAGAGAGUGAGGCUCCGCCAGAACAAACAGCAAAAAGGAGAAUCUGUUUUGUGGUUGUCAAGCCGAGGUCAUUCUGAAUCCAAGCCCAAACCAGUCCGAAGGCAGGUGGACUGCAUCUAAUACACAAAAAAUUGGCAUCCAUGCUAAGUGGAAUCUGGGCCAAAAUCCAGCUGUAAACCAACAUAAAUUCCCUUCACAGACUCAAACUAUUAAGUUGACUUUUGAAAGAAAGGAGUUUGUUCUAAGCGUGCCAAGAUGAUGACCAUGAUGAUGAUGAUGGUGGCCAUGAUGCUCACCUUUAGCUCUCUGUUCCUGCUGGGACUGGCUGCCGCCGCACAUUCUUCCUCCAGCACCAUGACGCGCACUUCCUCCACAUCUUCAUCCUCUUCCUCUUCUUCAUCCUCCUCUUCCUCCUCACCGCGCAUGAAGCUCUCAUACAAAGAGUUGCAGCAGUUCCAUGGAGUGCGGCGGUUCGAGCUGGAGCGUUCCUGCUGCUUCAGUGCUCUGCUGUUGGAUGAAGAAAGAGGCCGCCUCUUCGUCGGGGCCAAGAACUUCCUGCUGUCGCUAUCAUUAGACAACAUCGCCAAGCAGGAACACAAGAUCUAUUGGCCCGCUCCUGUCGACUGGAGGGAGGAGUGUAACUGGGCUGGCAAGGAUAUCACUUCCGACUGUGUGAACUACGUGAAGAUUGUACACCACUAUAACCGCACCCACCUGUAUGCUUGUGGAACCGGAGCCUUCCACCCUACCUGUGCCUUUGUGGAGGUGGGACACAGGAUGGAGGACCAUGUGUUCAGGAUUGACCCCUCUCAGGUGGAGGAUGGGAAAGGAAAGAGUCCGUAUGAUCCUCGCCACAAUGCUGCAUCUGUACUCGUCGGUGAUGAACUAUAUGCAGGUGUGGCCACAGACUUAAUGGGACGGGACUUCACCAUCUUUAGAAGCCUGGGGAAACGCCCCUCCAUCCGCACCGAACAGCAUGACUCUCGCUGGCUCAAUGAACCCAAAUUUGUUGGUUCCUUUUGGGUCCCAGAAAGUGAAAACCAGGAUGAUGAUAAGGUAUUUUUCUUCUUCCGUGAAACGGCGGUUGAGGCUCAGGGGCUGGGAAAGUCCACCUACUCCCGCAUUGGACAGCUCUGCAGGAAUGACAUGGGUGGACAGCGAAGUCUGGUGAAUAAGUGGACGACAUUUCUCAAGACACGUCUCAUCUGCUCAGUGCCAGGAGCCGACGGCAGCGACACAUACUUUGACGAGCUGCGCGACGUGUUCCUGCUGCAGACAAGGGACAGAAAGAACCCUCUGGUCUACACUGUCUUCUCUACUUCCAGCAGUGUAUUUAAAGGCUCGGCUGUGUGUCUCUACUCCAUGAAUGACAUCCGGAGGGCCUUCCUGGGGCCCUUCGCUCACAAAGAGGGGCCCAACUACCAGUGGGUCCCCUUCCAGGGAAAGGUCCCCUAUCCACGCCCAGGAAUGUGUCCCAGCAAGACAUUCGGCAGUUUUGAGUCCACGAAGGGUUUCCCAGAUGACGUAAUCCAGUUUGCGCGUCACCAUCCUCUGAUGUAUAACCCUGUCUACCCUAUGAGCCGACGACCCGUCUUUGUCAGAACUAAUGUGGACUACAGCUUCACACAGAUUGCUGUGGACAGAGUCAGCGCUGCAGAUGGACAGUAUGAUGUUAUGUUUAUUGGCACAGACAAAGGGACAGUACUGAAGGUGAUCAAUGUCCCCAAGGAGAGCUGGAACAACAUGGAGGAGCUUCUACUGGAAGAGCUGGAGGUCUUUAAAGAUGCCUCAUCUAUCAUUGACAUGCAGAUCUCCUCAAAACGGCAACAGCUGUAUCUGGGCUCAGAUACAGGCAUCGCCCAGGUUCCACUUCACCGCUGCAGUGUGUAUGGGAAGGCCUGUGCUGAGUGCUGCCUGGCCAGAGACCCCUACUGUGCCUGGGAUGGAACAUCCUGUACUCGCUACCUGCCAAACACCAAGAGACGUUUCCGUCGCCAGGAUGUGAGGAAUGGAGACCCCAAUACCCUAUGCUCUGGAGACCACCAUAAGCAUCGUGUUGCAGAGAAGAAAUUGUAUGGCGUUGAGGGAAGCAGUACUUUCUUGGAGUGUAUCCCCAAAUCCCUUCAGGCCAGAGUCACAUGGACCUUCCAGAAACAUCCACAAAACCCACGAGAAGAGGUGCAUCUAGAUGACCGCAUACUCCAGACAGAUAGAGGCCUUCUGAUUCGCAGAGUCUUGAAGAGAGAUAUCGGCAUCUACCAGUGCCAUGCCAUGGAACACGGCUUUACCCAAACCUUACUAGGCAUCACCUUGGAAGUUGUACCUUCAACAUCCUCUUCAGUCUCCAAUCUACCCUCCGACGCCCCUGUCCGAUUAGACCCCCGCAGUGGAGGUGGACCCCCAAUGACAAAUCAAAAGCUUUGGUACCGGGACUUCAUGCAGCUUGUGGACCACCCUAACCUGAGCACCGUCGACCAGAUUUGUGAGCAAGUUUGGGCACGAAAGAAUGCCGGCAGUGACCAAGGGGAUAAGACCUUCCCUGCUCCGGGGAAGGACGUCCCGUCUCUGGGCCCUGCAGUUCGCCCAGCUAACAAGAAGUGGAAGCAUCUUCAGGAGAUAAGGAAGGGGAGAAACCGCCGGACCCAUGACGGGAAACCAAACCCUAGGGUGCCUCGCAGUGCAGGGGAGUAACAACGUAAGCAAAGAAAUGGAGGGGUAAAAGAAUGACUGGUACAAGGAGAAAGAAGGGGAAUGAUGGGAGAAUGAGAGACCAAGAACUCCUGGAGGUGUUCACACAUACAGAUGCACCCACACACACACACACACACACACACACACACACACACACACACCACCUCCUCUAUUGUGUAUAUUUAUCUAUGGAUGCCCCCACUAUAUGGUACCCCAAUCCCUGAGUCCUCGUCCCACUGGCCAGCCCCUGCAUGUGCUGCCUUACUGUCCAAAUUGAUUCUGCACGAUCCCUCUACACUGUUCCACUAGCAUAGUCAAGUGUACAAGCAGGCAAAGUAUGUGGGAGUGAACCCACCUUUGAUCUCUGUGGGUGAUAAACUUAUAUCAACUGUCAUUCCCUUUGUCAUUGACUGCAUAUGGAAGAUGGGUUUACCGCACAGGAUUACCACAUCUUUAUUGGGUAAUUAAUGUUUGCCUACUACGUGCCAGCUACACAUCUUAUAUGUGGAUAGUGGCUCACAGUAUUAACACCUACUUUCUGGACUACACCACUCAGAACAAAAACAGCCCAACAUUUUUGGAUGACCUUUCUUCACAGCUUUUCUUACCUGAACAUUUCAUAACGAUGUAGAAAAAUAGUGGACUUAAGAGCUGUGCAUAAUGAGAGGGAAUGGAGAAACUGGAAUAUACUGGAAAGUAAUGGUCACCUACCUGUGUCAUAACAUGCUCAAUGCAUCCUUCUGCUCAGAUUCAUUUCAACCUUACAACCCAAGUCUUGUGUAGCACUUUUUUUUGUCUCUAACUGGAAACACAUUUAACUCUUAAUGUGCAAUUGCACAAGCAUGCAGACAAAUAAACACAUUGAUAAAACAUUUUUCCUACAGAAACAGAUGCAUUGAUCAACUUCCGGUGGUGAUCUUGUUGCACAUAUGUCCACUAACCUUACUUUUCACAUGGUUGUGUGUUGUUAUUAUUACGUAAUGCAGUCACAGACGAGGUAGAGAUUGCCAACAGAGUGGGGCAGCCUGUGGAGCAGAACCGCAUGUUGCAAAACUGGUUAUGUUAUAUAGUAGUUUUUGUGGUUAGUGGUUUUUGUAGGCACAUUGAGAAAUGUUGCAGCAAAUAAAUCACACAAUACAUAUGUAGCGCUACGGUUAGAGAGCAAUCGUAUCUUGCAAGGUAUGAUUAUAAUGCUGUACUGGUCCAAACCACUAGAAAAUAAGGGGUUGGAAAAACUACUGGCAUUCCAUGAUGUGAGAGAUAAUGAUGAGAUGUUUACAGUACACAUACAUAGAAGUCAAUCUCCAAAAGCAAAUAAAAGUCCAAAUAAGACUAGGAUUACAGUUAAACAAUGGUAGUUAUGUUAGAUCUUUAACAGAAACAAAAACACAAUGAGCAUCGGAACUGCACAUAGAAGCAUUUUGACAUGGUCCAAAACCUCACAUUAAAUUAGCUAUUUAUUGGGUGUUUAAUGUUUUAUGCAUUAACAUUAAGGAGAAUUAAUGAACAUGGUGGUUUGGGUGGGAAGCAUUAGUGCGAUGAGGAUGAAGAGGGAAGUGGACCCUAGUAUGACAACCCAUGUUUCUGGGCUACAGUACAGUAUAUAUAUAUUAGCAUGAUAUUUAUGAGUGAAACUAUGAUUUUGUUUUUGUAUUCUAAGCAGUAAUUUUACUCCUUGCUCUUUUACACUGUUCUUGCAUAUGUUGUUUGUGAUAAAUAGAUAUAUGCAAAAAAUAUGAGAUGAGUGAGUUGCCGACUCCUCAGUCAGCACGGCACAAUGCAGAGAAAGCUGUUUUGUGCUACCCACAAUGCAUUUCACUAUUUGCAAAAAAACAAGUACCAUCUGACUUCAUACACUGUUGGAAUCACUUCUCCACGUGGUGUUACAGUCAUUAACAUUAUUGACUUUUGCUGCUUAAUGAUGUCAUCUCCUCCUAAUGGACCAUUAGUACAAUAAGGUCUUCCUUCUCUGUGUCUUUAGUCCAAUAUAUCUCUGUGUAUUAUCUGUACAGAAACCUUGUUUGUUGAUUGUCUGUGUUAACAUGGUGUGUGUGUAGCCUGCCCCCUUAGUGUCCAUUGUGUGUAAAGGCUUGGAUGUGAAGCCUACCAGUGGUAUCAUACUUUAUUAUAGCAUAGUCUAUCCACUUGAAAGACAGCAACUGGCCAUGUAAGAGGAAAUCUGAAUAUGAUUUUGAUGAUGAAUUUAGGAUCCAAUAUGUGUUGUGUGUUGCUGCCACAGAUUUUGCAGAAAUAUCCUGUUUUUAAAGAGUUUCAGUGUACUGAAAUUGGCUACACUUGGCUUUUGGUGUGUUUAAUUCCCACAGGCCCUGAUGAAAGCAGGCAGCACAAACUAGGUCUGUGAGUGGUUUUAGAUGUAUGGAAUCCUUGUCCUUAUUUAUAUACCUUCUUUAUAGAAAUGUAAGUAACUCUCAAAACUGACUGACUCCUGUAAAAGGGACACUCUGCAUUUUGACACCACAUCCAGGAUUUACUCCAAAGAAAUUACAUGGAAAAAUAUUUCUAAAAUGAGUUUUAAAUGUAGAUGCUGUCUGUCUGCAUUUAAACAACAUAACUAAUUGAGUUUAGACUACUAAUUCACUAAAUGGAGAUUAUUAGUUGUGUACUUUUUUUUCUUUGAGAGAUUAUUUACAUUGGUAGUUCAUUUGCUUGAGUCUCUCUUAAGCCAGCUGUUUUGUACUCUUUUGAAACUGCAUGACCAAUGUUAGUGGCUAAAGCGUUUGACAAUGGUGCGAUGGCGAGACAGACAGAGAGAGAGAAAGAAAGCACAAUGUUGAAUAUUCUUAUUAUUCCUAUGUAUUUAUGUGCAAAGAUAAGCUGAUAUGUUGUGGUGGAUUUUUCUUUUUCUUAAAAAUGUAGAUUUACAUCUGUAUUGUUCAUGUUCUGCUGAAAAGGACUCAUCCUCAACAUUUUUGUGGACAUUACAGCCAGUGGUAAACAAAAAAAAAUCCUCCUGAA